CCCAACAGAUAUGACUCGGCCCGGCCUCCAAUUUCCUUCCUCCUUUAAUCAGCAACGUCAGCCGACAAUUAACUCGGUACAACACCAAUAUCAGCGUACAAACAACCAGCGAACACCGACCAACAAUCCAACAACCAAUACCCAACCCGAACCACCAGCCACCGUCGAACCACAUAAACCGACCCAACCGACCUGAAUUCGACCCGCAACCCAUGACCCGAACCAGCAUAUUGGUUCAAUAGCCCGAUAAGCUUCUAGAAACAGCGUAGGUGCCCCCCAAAAUACAAAAUUUGUUACUCUUGAACGAAUUUGUAUGAAUCCAUACAUGGGUGUGCGCUUUUUAUUGGUUCUUGGGGAAUAAUCCGUUAUUCCUCAUUCCUAUUGGAUGCCAUAUCUCGAAUUGGGUGAAGAAAAAUCAAAUUGGUGAAAUUUUUGAGGGGUAACCUGAUCCUCAGCUUCAAUUUGAAUUUUUUCCCUAAAAAAUUCCCAAAUUACCCCUGAAUUUUCUAGUUCCCACAUCGUUUGAAGACCAAAUUGAAUCCCCCACAUUUUUCUAUAUAAAGCUCAAUAUUCAGCUUAAAACAAGAGGUCGGGAAGGAUAGCUACAAAAAAAGGCUCUCAAGCAAAAGUUGUUAUUUUUAGUAAAAAAAAAAUUAUCGCGAAAAGCCGUUAAGGUUCUCGGAGUAGUUGUGGAGCUUUCUGGUGGUGGUCGUGACUCCGACGACAGCCCGAAGUCCUGUUUUGCUGCUCCAAAACAAGAUUUUAGAGUUGAAGGCCGAUCUUGGUUUGUUUCUCAGUGAAUUGGGGGUAGAGAUAUGGACUCUCAAAGUGAAAAGAACAACCUUAUGAAGGAAAAUGAGAAAAUGAAUCCUGGUGUAGAGGUUAAUGAGCCGAUAAAAUUUGGCUCUCAUGGUACUAAAGAAUCUAUUAAGGAGGAAGGGAAAAAAGUUCCUGUGAUCGGCCUCCGGAAGGAAGCAGCUGAGGACUGGCCUGAACCUAGGAAGAUCCAUUCUUUCUACCUUGUUAGAUAUCGGAGAUUUGAGGACCAAAAUCUCAAGUCCAAAUUUGAUCAGGCAGAAAAAGAGCUACAAAAAAUGAACCAAGCAAGAUUUCAGCUUAUUGAAAAACUGCGGGCCAUAAGGGCAGAAAGAUCACAGUUGAUAGGCCAAAGGAAAUCUGUGAGUGCUGAGAAUCAGGAGUUUUGGACAGUAAUUGAAGGGAAGAGAAAGGAAAUAAAACCUCUUCAGGAUGCCUUGGGAAAGCUCCGUGGUCCUAGGAAAGAUGGGAGAGAGGGGGUUUCGACUCUGUGUUCAUCUGAGGAGGAGCUUGAUAAUCUUAUUAAGAGUUUGCAAUACCGCAUUCAGCAUGAAAGCAUUACUCUGACUGAAGAGAAGAAAAUUCUAAGAGAAAUUAAACAACUUGAAGGAACAAGGGGAGGGGUUAAAGAACAAGUGGCUCUGAGGGCACAAAUUCAAGAUUCAAUGGGUGAAAAAGAAACAAUCCAAAAGCAGGUCAAGCUUAUAAGUGGUAACCUUGAUGGGGUUCAUAAGGAGCAACAAGCGGUUAAGGCCAAGCGGAAGAUACUAGAUGAUCAGCUCGAUGCCAAUACCUGCCAGAUUAAGUCUUUGGAUGAGGAAUUGAAGGAAGUAACAAAGAAGAGGGACACAGCUUUUGUACGUCUUCAGGAAUUGAGAAAUCAACGCGAAGAAGCGAAUGCUCCUUUCUACAAAAACUUUGCACUGUUGCAAAAGGCAAAAUUGCUAGCAGCCAAGAAGGAUACUGAAGCCCUUAAAGAACUCUCACUUACUGAGGUCGAUAAAUUCAUCUCCCUAUGGAGUGGUAAGCCCUUUAGGGAUGACUAUGAGAGGAGAAUUUUGACAUCACUUGAUAUUAGGCAGUUGAGCCGGGAUGGCAGGAUGAGGAACCCUGAUGAGAAGCCUCUGGUGUUACCACAGGCGCAGACUGUUCCACAGACUGAGAUUGUUGAGAAAACUACUGCUAAACCUAAACCAUCAAAGGAAGAAGCAGUGCCUGCUCAGAAAGUAAACAAAGAGAAGAUUACCAAGAAGCCGAAAGAUGCAAUUAACAAAGUUACUGAAAGUACAACAAAAAAGUACGUCUUUGAUGUUGAAGAGGAGAUCCAUGGUUUAGAAAAGCAACCCAAGGAUGUGAAACCCAAAAUCAAGGAAUCUGAUGAUGACGCAAAAUUGAAGGAAAUGAAGAGAGAGGAGGAGAUUGCGAAAAAUCGGCAGGCAAUGGAGAGGAAGAAGAAGAAGGCAGAGAAAGCAGCUGCCAAAGCAGCAAUAAAAGCUCAGAAAGAAGCUGAAAAGAGGAAGCUCAAGGAACUUGAGAAGAAAGCGAAGAAGGCUGGAGCUUCUGUUCUUGGUCAGGACUCUACUGAGGAACCAACUGAAACAGCUGCAGAGGUUGCUGAGGAAGAGAAGGUGGAGGAAAACAUUGAAACAUCAGUUGCACCUAAGCGCAAGGAGGGGAAAGGGAAAAAUGUCAAGCAUCAACCAAUACGUGCAAAAGGCACAGAAAUUCCUAAAACUAUACUGAAGCGCAAAAAGGCAAUGAACUAUUGGCUAUGGGCUGCUCCUGCUGCUCUUGUAGUUCCCCUACUUCUUUUAGCAUACACACAUUUUGUCUAGGAUAUAAUGAAAGUUAAAAGUAGAGCGGGGAAACUUGGUAUUGCUUUCAGUGUUGCAAUAACAAGGUCUGUUUUUUGUAAUCUUAAGUCAUGCCUUUUUUUUUUGGCAUCCUUGACUAAGGAUGGAAAAGUCAUAAUGAAGCUGGUAGAAAGAGUAACUAUGCAUGUUUGAUUUUGGUUGGUGUAGUUUCAAGAUUGUAAACAUCUAAGUUCUUUAAGAUCUGCAUGUUCAUUGAAAGAACGUCCGUUCUUUGUUAACCUUGGAGUGUACCUUUGUCGUUAGGUUGAUUGAAGUAUGUCCAGACUUCUGUUCAA